AUGGCUUCCAGUGACCUUAUACAUGGCAAGACUCGCAAGGCUCGGUCUAAAGGGGUGGUCAAGGCAGCAAAAACAACAGCAGACUCCUCAGCUGAACAAAAGCCUCUGCUUGUAAAGAGCAAACUACCCAAGAACCCAAGCCGACGAAGUCACACCAAAUCGCGGCGAGGCUGCUUCACCUGCAAGACUCGCAAAAUCAAGUGCGAUGAGGGCACGCCAUCCUGUUCGCACUGCGUCUAUCGGGGCAGCGCGUGUAUCUACCCGCGAACCACAGAAAUCGGGGCCGGCGCCGGCGCGAUUCGGGAGCCGACGAUUCCAGGGAGAAUCUUCGUCCCCUUCCAGCCCAAAGUCGGAGUAAUUCCAGCAUCGCCAUCCGAGAAGCUAGUCUUCACGGCCCAGGAGAUGAGGUUCUUCCACUACUUUUUGACCUCCAUGAAACACCCCUUACCCAUCGGAAACCGCGCUGUCUGGGUCCACGAGAUCCCACAGAUCGCACACGAGUAUCCCUUCCUAUUGCAUGCUAUUCUUUCCCUCGGAGCCUCGGAAAUGGAACGCACAAACCAGCCCAUGCCUCUCCAAUACGACGUGUUAAAGCACCAAGGCCGCGCGAUCUCAGGCUUGAACAAAGCGCUGGACGACUCGAAGGCAUGGAAUACCUACGGCCACCCGGAUGCCGUGCUCGCGACCUGCUACGCGCUGAUCUACCAAUCCUCGCGCAUCGUGGAUGGGAUGAAGGACUUCCAGGUACUGGUGCAAGGCUGUGCCCUGAUCACAGACAAGAUCCAACAGUCCCGGUUGAAGACCGUCCUGAAUGUCGACCCCGAUUGGCCGAGCCACAAGAUCCACGCGGGAAUGCAACACAUUCAAGCGAGCCUGCAGGCCCACCACAUGGCACUAGUCAAAUCCGGGCUAGAGACCCUCCGGGAGAUCCAGGCAUCUAAAGGUCUUACAGAUGAACACCUCUUCUGGAAAGCGUGUUACGUGACACUGGACCAGUUCUGUUCAUCUCCCGUUGAGGGAUACUCGUUCUCGAUCAUGCGCUACAGCAUGUGGUAUCACCUCGCCGGCGGGAUGCUGAAAGCCCUGCGAGGGCCCGAUAACGGGACCGUCCUGGUCCUCAUCGCCUCAUUCAUGUCAAACAUGAUCCUGCUGAAAGUAUUGAUCCCGUUCCAGAUCUGGCCCGAUGCCCAUGAUCGGCUUCCCAUGUGCACGCUGCGGCGGAUGGUGCACUGUAUCGAGGUGAUAGACGAGCACAUCGGCGAGUCGGAUGGCCGAUACGUGGCGUGGGCGAAGCAGGUGGUCCGGCUGUUGUCAGAAGUUGUACCAGAAAUCCAACACGACGAGUUGAGUCCGAAGCUGAGAUCCUCCAAGAUUGCUAUCUUACGUGAUCUCCAGACGAGUGCACAUAUGUUCCUCGGCGAUGUCCUUCGACUCGGAUCUGAAGUGACGGCAUGGUUUGAGGAAUUUGUUUCUGACAUGAUCAUGUGCUGGGCCUCUCCACGGCGCUUAAAACCGACCACCGAAGCUGUAGGACACAUCAUGUCGUCUACCUCCUCGGUGCAACCUCUAGUAACCUCAACAGCGACAAGGUCAACGCCCAUGAGAGCUUCUCCCUCCUACCCUUCGCCACUCGAGAUGGAUAAGCUGACACCCAGCAACAUUACACAGUCUGCACAAGGACAAGACGAAACCUACCUAGAUCGUUCGCUGCUCGACGUCUCGGCGACGAAAUCGGACAGUUUUGCUUUUAGGAUCUUUUCUCAGCUAGAUCGAGGAUGGCAGGAAGGUCACAGCACGUUGGAUGACCCGGACGAGGGCAUGAAUGAUAGUAACAACGACGAGAUGUUCGAAUUCUUCCACGUAUAA